AUGUAUCUUAUAUUCGUCUCAUCUAGAGGUCACAUACACUCAGUCCUUCUUGCUGGAUUUCGUCCUUAUUUGGUUCUCAAGACGGGAAGCUACCCGAGACAAUUGUUCCGACGCGACUGGGUGGUGGAGCCGUCCUGGAAGACUCGACGAAUCCCUCAAAAGCCUCAAAAUGCCUCUGGCCCUUGCGCCACGAGUAUAACAUGUUACAAGGGGCUCGCAACCGUUUCGUGUGAAUGUGGCCCGAAAGCUUUACCUGAAAAGUAUGCAGAUGUGCCACACCUGUCCAAAUUUGGAAGCGGCAAUGCCGCUCUUAUGAUCAAACCACCAAUUGAACUCCGGUUGGCCCCAUUGUUGGUCCACAAUGGAUUGUUCGAAUGUUCCUUUCUUCUGUGGACUUCGAGAAGACCAGGGUGGAAAACAAAGCGAGCCCUGCGUUCCAAAUUCAACCGGCUUGAUUGGGUUGCCAAGCCCGCUUAUUCCUUACGUAAAUCAAGUUUUCUUGCUUCGUCUCGAACAAACUCUGGUUGCCCUUGUACGGUGAUACGGUGGAAGAAGAAGAAGACGCAUCACCGGGGCACCGAGCAGGCUACGGCCGCAUGUCGCACGAACAUGCCGCAACUCCUUUCGGGGCUUCACAAGAGUCCAAGCCCCCCUCUUAGUAUGAACCAAGGCUCAUCUAUGGAGGUGGUCGAGAUGGGCGAUUACCCCAUCUUGGGUGAUCAUAGGACGUAUUCAAACAAACCACGGCGCCUAUUACGAUUUCUGGAUGACUUCAAACGCAAUGACGGCGACAGAUUCUUUCCGGAACACCACCUUAGCCCUGCAAACUCUCGAACACAUUCUCACCACGACUACGGUGGUCACUUUGCCGAGCUAGAAAUAGCCCAGUCCGGUCUAGCAAGGCGCCUAAAAGGCCGACACUUGCAAAUGAUCGCGAUAAGAACCGGCCUCUUUGUAAUGAGUGGAGCGUCAUUAGCGACGAGUGGUCCGGCAUCGUUGUUUUUGGCGUUUCUCGUCGCGGGAGUCACAAUGUACUGUACCUGCCAGGCUUUGGGCGAGUUGGCCGUUGUAUUUCCCAUUGCCGGAUCAUUCUCCUCUUGGGCAACCCGCUUCCUAGAUCCUUCGUGGGAAGUUGGUUUCAGUUAUGCCUUGCAGUGGCUUAUUUCAUUUCCAGUUGAGGUUGUGGCUGCUUCCGAGGUCAUCGCAUACUGGAAUACGUCUUUACCGCGAGCAAUAUUUGUGACGGUAUUUGUUGCGUUUAUUAUAUCUAUUAAUAUGCUCGGGGUAAAAGGAUAUGGCGAAGCGGAGUUCAUCUUUGCGGUGGUCAAGAUCACUCAAGGGUACAUCGGAUUUGAAUACUGGAGAAACCCUGGAGCCUUUAACAAUGGCUUUAAGGGUUUCUGCAGUGUUUUACUAAGUGCCAUGUUUGCAUUUAGCGGUACUGAACUCAUAGGGCUAGCGGCGGCCGAGACAGCCAACCCCAGAAAAUCCCUCCCAAUGGCGAUAAAGCAAGUCUUUUGGAGAAUAUGCCUCUUCUAUCUUAGCAUUGUUUUGCUUAUUGGGUUGGUUGUGAGAUACAAUGACCCAAGGCUUUCGACAGGAACAAACAAUGCAGAUGCAAAUUCUUCUCCAUUAGUUAUUGCCUUUCAGGAAGCGGGCCUGCAGGUGUUCCCUUCGAUCAUAAACGCGGUAAUCUUGAUUUCCGUUUUAUCUGUCGGAAAUUCGGCAGUGUUUGGUUCGUCUAGGACACUCGCGGCUCUGGGUGCACUCAAACAAGGCCCUAGAAUACUGGCCUACAUAGAUCGACGGGGUCGGCCGCUUGUGGCAAUAUUCGUUGCGGCCGUUUUUGGGCUCCUUGCCUACCUCUCUGAUCUGACGGAAAGAGACAAAAUAUUGGAAUGGUUAGUAGGUAUUGGGGCCUUGUCAAGCGUAUUUACUUGGGGUACCAUAUGCCUCUGUCACAUCCGAUUCCGGCGCGCCUGGCUAUCACAACAACGAGGUCUUAAUGAACUCCCAUACCGCUCUCAUCUUGGUGUGGCUGGUUCGUACUUGGGACUUGGCCUCAAUGCCACUACAGUGGUUAUUCAGAUCUGGGUUGCAACAGUACCAAUUGGUCAUACGACAAUGUCCUCCUCGGAGCUGGCAAGAAACGCCAUACUCAAACUCUUUGGAGGUGUGUUGAUUCUGGUAUUUUAUGUCGUCCACAAGACGGUUCACAGGACGAGGUACGUCCGCUCUGGUCGUGUUGAUCUUGAUACAGGGCGUCAAAACUAUAACGUUCUUCUUUUGGAGGCCCAAGAAAAACAACAUCGAGCCAGGUGGCCGAGGUGGAAGAGAAUUUAUAAAAUAUUAUGCUAG